AUGGAUGAUAAAAAAAGUAUACAGGAUUACAAGGACUAUUAUUCAGCUGUCUGUCGAACAUGUUUGCAAUCGAGUGGAGAAAUGCAAAAUUUAAAUGCGCCCGUAAGUGGUGGCGGUGGUGCUGCUGCUGCUUCGGCUGACAGGAGUACAUUUAUGGACUGUCUCAACUAUUGUAUGCCCAGUUAUAAUGGGCAAGCCGUAGUGGCAGCCGAUGAAUUGGAUGCCCUACCCACACGUAUAUGCAAAGAUUGUGCAUCCGCAUUGCAGGUGGCCUAUUGGUUUAUGAAGAAUGCCAUCAAGGCCCAGGAAGUGCUGAAGAUACGUAUCAAUGAAAUGAAAGAAAAACAAAAAGAACUUGAACGUGAAGAGGCGGCCCAAGCAAAGGCCCUCUGUGAGGAAGUAAAGAAGCCAAAACGUUAUCGUUGUAAAAUUUGCAAUACAAAAUUGGAAACAAAAAGGUCUUUGAAAGAUCACGUUAAGCUACAUUUGGAUAUAAUUGCCUAUAAUUGUCAAUUAUGCGGAUUUGAACAUCAUCAGCGUACGCAACUAAUUCAACAUUAUCAACUUACACAUGGUGUUGAACCGACACCAGAACAAUUGAAACCGAAAACAAAAAUUACACCUCCCAAUAAUAGCUCCAACACCACCAGCAGCAGUAGUAUCAGCAGUACAGUGACAAGACACAGCGCUAGUGAUAAUAGACAACAAUUUUCACAACAAACACUCACCAACGCAGGUGAAGUUUUUGUUGAAAAUCUACCCGCAGCGGCAGCACAAAAUACCCAUGAAAUUAUUUACACAAGUGCCCCACAAAAUCAAAAUAUCGUUUAUGCUACCGCCAUUAACACACAAACAACUCCCCUGGAGGGAAAUCCGGCUGCAACAACAAUUUUUGCCCAACCAAAUGGUGAGGCAUUUACAUUUAAUUCAAACUUUGAUGGUAAUCUCAAUGUACAAAAUAAUGAUGCGAAUGUUGUUGGUAAUGAAUAUAUUGUUAUGGCCGAUGGCUCUGUGGAAAAUGUUAUGGGCAAGGGUGUUGUCAUUGAGUACAUUAAUGCCGGGGAAAAUAAUGAUAAUGCCUCCAAUAAUUUGUCGCUGGCACAAACGGAUGCUGCAACAACAAAUAUGGUUAUUUCCCAGAAUGAUAUGGUGCAAAUGGAUGUGGACGAUUUGAUUGUAGAGGAUCCAGAAAAUACACCGGAACAAACACAAGAUGUACCCAUCUCCCCCAUUGAUGAAGAUAUGAUUCCCGCCACAUUCAUUGAACAACCCAAACGAAAUAUUUGUAAAAUAUGUGCCAAAGAAUUCGAUACACAAGAUGCAUUGAAAAACCACAUGUUGACACACAAUGAAAUUCCCCACUUUUUCUGCGAUCAUUGCUCCUUCUAUACCUUCUUUAAAAUCGAUUUGAAUCAACACUAUAAAAGCAAACAUAAUAUACAACCGACAAAUAAACAACUACAACCUAAAAAUAAACCCACACCGACGACGACGGCAACAACAACCAAAUUGGUCUACGGUUGUGACAUAUGUUUUUAUGAAUGUGAUUUAAAAUAUGAAAUAAAACGCCAUUAUCAGGCCAAGCAUCGUAUGAAUGUACAGGAUAUACAACAGAGGCCAACACGUACCGGAUUGACCAACAAUACCAUAGUGCAACCAAUUUCCCAUACAAAAGUGUCUUCUACGGUGUCGGUGGCGGCGUCUGCGGCGCCAUCCUCAUCUUCGUCGUCAUCUGUAACAUCAACUGCCUCCAGUAUGACUGGUUCACCUGCUAAAACAUCCAAAAUGAAUCUGAAUAAUAGUCUAAAUAAUAAUACAACCGAAGAAGAUGCCAUGCUGCCGGAUUAUUUGAAUGGUCUAAAUUGUCGUAAAUGUAAUGAAGUGUUUUUCUAUCGCAAUAAAUUAUAUGAACACUAUAAACUGCACAGUGCCCAGGAGGAGGCGGCCAAGCAGCAGAAGCAAACCACGAAAAUGCAAAAAACCGUUAAUAACAUACAACAACAACAGCAGCAGCAACAGGAGUUGUCACAACAGCUGCAGGAGCAAACUGUGGCGGCAACAGCUACAAAUCAUUUACAUUUAACACAAAACGAAACUCAUUUAGCAAUGCCACAGCAACAACAAAAUCUCACACAAGAACCCCAAAUACAAUUACAAUAUCAAGAACCAGUUAAUCAACCCCAACAACCACACCUUCAAGUAUUACAACAAUUGCCGCAACAAGAAGUUGUCAUAACCACCACUCCAUUAGAUAAUAGCUUAACAUCGUCCUUUAAUAAUGUUGUCGAUCCCAUGACAUUGGUCCUAACACCAAAUACAACAUUAAAUAAUUCAGUUGCCCCCUUAACACCUUCAUCAAGUUCAACAUAUACCCUACCCUCCGAUGCCAUACCACAAAUUGUUGAAAUGGAACAGACCAUAGAAACCGAUAUGGAUUUUGAUUUUAAUGGUGAUGCCUUGUUUGAGGAUUUCGAUGAUGUUGAAAACUCAUCCGAUGAUAAUGAUAUGCGUAAUUUAGCUCUGACGUCCGAUGAUGAUUUUGAUGAUGUUCUCAAGGAGCAGAGUGAAAGUCAAACAGAAACGGCAACAUCAUAUUGUGCCCAGUGUCAAAAAUCAUUUCUUAGUCAAUAUCAAUUUGAGAAUCAUAUGUUUUUGCAUAGAGGUCUGGCUCCAUAUCGCUGUGAAAUGUGUACUAAUCUUUAUAAUACCAAGCGUGCUCUCAUACGUCAUUAUCGUGCUGUCCACAAAAGAAUACCCACUAGGGAUAUGAUCCAGGCCAAGGGUGACAAAGUCUAUGUUUGUGAUAACACAACAAUGGAUUAUUUAAGUAUAGAAAAAUCCACCGGUUCCACAGUAACAACCUUUAUGUGUGCUAAAUGUACCUAUGAAUCGACAGACUUUCCCAGUGUACAAUUACAUUUGAAUACAAAUCACAGCAUUCAUGAUGAUUCUUAUAUAUUAAGAAAACUUCCCUAUGAAUGUCCCCGCUGCAUACGUUCAUUUUCAACCAAAGCAAAAUUGUUACGCCAUAUGGAACGUAAUCAUUCAACGACACCAAUUAAUAAUCCACAAAUUCAAAUUAAUUCCACAGAAACGGCAACAACCACAACAACUACAACAACUGCGCCAGCAUUAAAUAAUAAUCAUAAUCAUAAUGAGAAUAAUAAUACUGCUGUUGAUCCCACAACAGCAACAGCAGCAACAUCAACCAUGCAACAAGUGAUUAAUAAUAAUAAUAACAAUAACAGUGCAACAAGCGGACUUGUCGAUGAUUGCAACUCCGAACCACAACUCUUCGACAUUGGAUCAGCAGGACAAAUUAACGAUGAUGAUGACGGCGACGAAACAAAAAUCAAUGACAGAUUAUCUUUUGAACAAUGUGGCGUAACCCCAACAUCAUCAUCGUCAUCCUCCUCAUCGGCCACUUCGUUUGUUAUGUUAUGUCCAGAUUUGCAAAGUGAUCUGACAAUUGACACAGUGCCGCCACCCACCGCAACUAGCGUUGCAGAUGAUGACACAAAUAUAACUCCAACCAAAGAUAUUGAAAUAUUUAAUAAUAACGAUAUUUUAGCAGUGAGCACAGAACUACCAUCGGACUCUAUGCCGGAUAUAAGUUUAGAACCAGAAGUCAGCACAAAUGAGCUUGACAACACAAACAACAACAAUAAUGACACACCUUUAAUGGAAACAGCAAAAGCCCCAAAUGAAAAUGAAUCGGAAACUGCGACUAAGGUUCUCUACAAAUGCUUGGCUUGCUUGGAAAAUUGCACCACAAUUGAGGCUGUUCGCCUACACAGCCGCAAGGUAACCUGCCGUGAACAAAUUAAAGCAAUGCAUAAAGGCGAAACAUCGUCAUCGGGUCUUUAUAAAUGUGAAGUAUGCGGUGAUAUAAAAUAUCCCACCUUAUAUUUGUUACGGCAUCAUUUGAAAAAACACAUCGCUCGGACAUUUCGUUGCACCUGUUGUCCGAAAUCGUAUUUGAGUAAAUUUGAAUUGGAUACGCAUCAGAGGUCGCACACCGAUGAACGGCCACAUCAAUGUGAUAAAUGUCCAAAUAGUUUCCGGUAUGCCCACCAUUUGAAGCGGCAUAAGGAUAUUAUACAUUUUGGUAAGCGAUAUAUGUGUCCGGAGGCCAAUUGUAAUCGGCAGUUUACCACAAUGGAUCAGCUGAAAAUACAUAAAUGGUCUCACUGUGGCAUUGUGCCGCAUAAAUGUAAGCACUGUGGGCAGUUGUUUAAGAAGCGGUUGUUUUUACGCAAUCACUGCUCGAAGUUCCAUAACAAACCCCUGACUGAUGAUGAAGAAUUCAGUGGCAGCAAUUUGACUUGCAAAAGUCCCCAGGAAGAUAUACUGCAACCGAUUAACUGGGAUUAA